AUGGUUCCAAUUUAUUCGGCAUUUAUCGCACCUGCAACUUAUUCUCAUUCAACAGCAUUUAUAGAUAACAAAAUUUUUUUUUUUGGUGGAGUUUAUACACCUAAAAGUGUGUAUUACUUAGAUGUGGGUAAAAGCUUUGAUACUGAAUCGCCACCAUGGACUGACCUAACGAACAUUUCACCUAUUCCAUAUGGAAGUGCCUGGGCAACAGCUUUUACUGGUAUUGACCCGUACCCUUUGGUUUACCUCUUUGGCGGAACAACUUUUGAUCCAAUCACAAAUCGUGAUAUUUUUUCACAAAUGACGUAUGAAUUUGAUCCUAAAUCCAGAACUUGGAAUCAAGCCUUUCUUGAAGGAAUCGAACCAUCGAGAAGGAAACAAAUGCAUUCUACUCAAGAUGAUUAUGGAUAUAUUUAUAUUUUUGGAGGAAUGACGGAUGCUUCUACUGGGUCAAAUGUAACCAAAUAUUUUAACGAUAUGGUUGUUAUGCAUACUAUUUCUCUAUAUUACACUACGAAUUCCAUUGCAAAUGCACCACUUCAGCGUUUUGAUUAUAGUGUAGUAAUUUCACCUGAUGGUCUUAUAAUAUAUAUUGGAGGAAAGGAGUAUACUGGUUUAACGGUACAAACUGUUGUUUUAAAUAAUAUUUCCACGUAUAACACCCAUAACGACACAUGGAGCGCAGUGGCGGCUUCUAGCGAAUCAACUUUUGAAAAUCGCUUUGGACAUUCUUCUGUCAUAAGAAAUAUUACAAAUCCCACUGGUCGCUCAUUGAGUACUAGUUCAGACUUAUAUAUACUUAACGUAAAAACGUAUACCUGGACAACAUCUUAUAUUUUUUCCAACAUCUCUACCAGUUCUUCUACGGUAUCUACGCCUACCGAUCAAUCAUCUGUUACGUCUAUUAAUCAGUCGACCACUACAUCCGAUAAUAAGCAGCCAGUAAUGCCAUUGCUAGUAUUAAUUGGAUUAAUAAUUGGUCCAACU